GAUGCAGUCCAGCGAGUCGGUGCGGAAAACUGUCCAGACUCCGAAGGCGUAGGAGACGGCGGACAGCCAGUCAGACACCGAGAGGAAGACCAGCAGCCUCCGCGGGGUUGUCCUCAAAUCUGCCCAAAUAAUGUAGUGAUUUUCAGGAAGGUGAGGCGGCCUGCUGGGUCUCCUGAUGGAAACCUGCUUCCAGUCUGAACAGAAACAGCUGCCUCUCUUCUCUGUGAGGAUCAAACUGCAGUACAACAAGUCAAGGCAUGUUCCAACACGCCACCAACAGCCGGACGGGGUGCAUGAGCCUGCUCCUACACCAGAGGGGGAGGAGCAGAGGAUCAGAGAGGGGGGAAACCCAGGAGGAAAAAAAACAGCAUGACUCAGCCUGCUUCAAUCGGUUCAUGGAAGAGUGUUGCAUAUGCUCCAUAACAACCCGUGUUAUCUGGAGAUGUGUGUUGACUCCUGGCCUACAUUCACUACUGCCAUUUGUUACCGUCAAAAACAGCAUUUCAGCAGCAGCUCCGGGGUGAUUCCUGACAUCUGCACCGUCUUCACCAAGAACCCAGAAACUCUGAGAAGUCUGCUGCUUAAUGAGAGAGGCGUAAACUGGAGGAACGGGCUCAUAUUCAGAGGAAGGUGUUGCCGCUGCCAAUUUUCAUCCUGGACGAAUCCCACGCGGAGCUCGUCGACGCACACUUGCCAUGGAGGCAGCCAGGAGAGCCUCGACCACGUGAGAGCCUGUAUCCGCCAUCUGCCGAACCACUGUGUGACAGAUGAGAAGGGCCGGCCCGUGUCGUGGAUGCUGUCUGACGAGCUGUGUGAGCUGAGGAUGGCCUACACACUAGCAGAGUACAGACAGGCCAGUCACCUCCUGGCUCUGUCUUGGGCCCUGAUCCGUAGGAUGAGCUCUGCAGGUCUGCCCGUCUACUGCCACGUCAACCAGCAGAACCAGACCACCAUUAAUGCUGUGACCUCACUCGGCUUCUCCGCUUGUUCCAAUGUGGAGGACGUCUCGAUGCUGCUUAUAUGCAAGGACAGAGUCUGAUACACGGGGGAUGCUGCCCUUUAGAGCGUUUAGUCCAAUUCUGACAGCAAACUGCAAGUAGAACAAAUUCUAAAAUAACAUUUUCUGUGGCUUAAGGGUGGAUUUGAUGAAUAUGCCCGCCAUGCUGCUCCUUUUAAUUCCCCGUUAAAAUGUCCGUCAAUAUGAAAUAAUUAUUUAAGGUUAAUGCAUAACUUCAGUUUGACCCUCUUCAGUUUAAAGGAAAAGACGUCUUAAUCACCCAAGGAGGCCCUGGUCCACCUGGGACCCCUCCCUGGAGGUGUGCUGCUGUGCCACUGCUGAUUGCCUCUGUGUUUUAGCAGCAAUGCACCAUUCAAGUCUGCAGGCAACUUGACAAAUGAGCAGCAAUCUGAGCAGAGGGGAUGCUCACACUGCACCACACAUCCUGUCCCAGCCACAUCCCCCUGUCCCGCAGUGGUGCACCUCUUUUAACUGAAACCCUUUCCUUUCUCUAAUCCUUCAAGUGCUCUUCUCAAAGUCACACAAGUACACGCUAAAUACAUGGAUGCUGACGCAUGUGCAUUCAAAGACACGGCUAAUAGAGUGAACACAAGCCUGUACAUUUCUAGCGCUGCUUUUUUAUAGAAAUCUGUAUUUUGUUCAAAAGUUGCACAAAUGACCAUACUCUAUCCAUUUAAUAAAUACAAUAAUUUGAGUGCUUUAGGUUUCAUUUUGUAAAAUUAUAAAUGAUCAUAAGAGCAUGUCAAUAAACUUGUAAAUAGAGCUGUAACUAAUAGU